AUGCCGGCGGAUCAUAACAUCAAGAACAAGCAAGCGUGGAACGAGUCUUCUGAUUCCUCCAAUAGUGACGGAAGCGGGAGUACGAUCACUCGGAUAGUUCGGGAAAACCAACCGAGUACGGAGGAUAAGGGAAACCAGCGAGCCGAGACCUUGGACGAUCUGAUUGCCGAAGGACGUAGUUUGGUCAAUCAAGUUCGGAAGAACGGAUUUGCCGGAAAAGAAGUGGCGGAGAGAGUUAAGCUUUUCGAAGGACAGGCUUCGAUUUCAGGGAAAAGAGGCGGAACUUACGCAGUGCGGAGAGAAGAUUCUGAGGAAGGAAUGAACGUGGACGAUCCGAGGCCACCGCGGGCCAUGGGUCUGCUGAAAGCAAAGAUACGUCCUAAAGACUAUCCUAACAUUCGGUUCAGCACUAUGGAGGUGUCGAGGUUCUUGGAGCGCUUCGAGGUGGCAGCGGAGGAUUUGGAUAAGGUUAGACAGGUGGUUAACUUUAUUCAGGAUGAGGAGGCGUUGUGGGAUGUAGAGGAGAUGGAGGGAGAAGCUUGCGGGGAAAUGAUGGAGAAAGGGGGAGUCAAGACGAGGGAGCAGUACGGGAAGUACGUGUCGCCGUUUGAUCGGAUCCUGAAGUAUCUCAAUCGGAACAAGAUUGUUACCGAUACUCCCGGAGCGGUGAAGCGGACCUUCAUCAAGGCUUUUCUGAAGGAAAUGCGUGAGCGGGCCGUUCGUCAGCUAUUCGAGCGGAACAUGGUGAAGAGGUUGAAAGAUGGGGAGGUGAUCGUGUUGCCAGACAUGAAGGAGAUCCGAAAGGCCCUUCUAGGCGAGAUGGAUAUGGUAGAGUUGAUGGAAGAAAAGGGGGGAGGAGCAAUCAGAUCGGGAUUGACGCGGAGUACGGAACCGGUGACGGUCAAGGAAGUUGGUGAAUUGGCGGAUAUGCUCAAGGAGCUACGCCUGUUCAUGCAGAAGACGGUGACAACCCAGCUGUGGAAGCAGCCGGAAGGUAGCGCAGGAACGGAAGCUUCUCCUGCAGGAGCAGAGUUGGCAAAGAAAGGUCCAGGAUUUGUGCCGCGAGGACCGCCAACUUGCAGCUAUUGCGGGGUGGCGGGGCACUUUAAGGCUCAGUGCGAGGACCUCACCACUGACAUCAAGACUCUAGGUGUCCGGCCAGUGAUGAGGGACUACUACCUGGAUGGCAAAAAGAUAGAGGCAGCCAUCCCGCGCGAUGAAGUCCGUAGGAGGAGGAGCACUGAGAAUUCUGUGGGUGGUAAGGGCAAGGAGGCCAAAGUGAAAUCCCACAUUGGGAUAUUGGAGCGGGGAAGAGUGUGGACUCCUCCGGCGGUUUCUGCGGAAGUAAGAGCGGUGGAAGCGGAGGAGCAGGUCUGUUUUGGAGAACGGUAUGACCAGAUGGAACUGGACCCGACUCCAAAAGCAGAGCCGGCGCUGAAGAAGUCGAAGGCAAAGGAGCCAGUGGCCCGGCAAUCCGCCGAAAAGAAGAGGGCAGGCAAGCUGGCCCAAAAAGCGCUAGGGAAUGAUACGGCUCUCUCCCUCACUCUCAAAGAUUUGGCGACAAUCUCUCCGCUGAUGGCGGAGCAGCUGAUAGGGAGUAUCCGGGAAGCGGCGGGUCCUUUGUUCAAGGAAACCGCGGAGAAAGUCAGCGCACCUGUUGAGACGGUGUUAGCAGAGGUGUGGAGCGCGGAGUUUGGUGAGAAUGAGAAGCCGGUACAUUGA